GGCGAGCCCAAUUAAAAAGUCCACUGGAUUUCCCACCAGAUUGACUUUAUUGUGGACUUCCGUCUCUCCAAUUUAGGACAAACCCGACUUAGCAGGCCGCAGUACACGGCCACCAGCCCAAUGGUUACAGGUAAUUACAGAAAAACACUGAAAGCAGUAUAUAUUUACAGCACCUUGCCACUGCCUCCAUUACUACGCCAUCAGCAUCUCACCUUCUCCACUCCGUCACCAUUUUCGUCAGUUCGUCUCGGUCUGACUGUCUCCACUUAUCUGUUAAAAAAAGGAAAGAAAAAUUCAAAACAAAAAAAAUUCAAACGAAGAGCUCCGUGGAAAUGCAUCAAAGCUCUUACUCACUCCUCCAUCUCUGACUCUUCCGAUUCGCUGCUCCUCCUCCGGUCGCCGUCCGUCUAACCGUCGGCACGCUUCCUCCCGUCACACCCUAGGGGAAUCCGUCUCGGAUUCGAUGCUUCGAGCCCCAAUUCCAGUUCUCGCCACGAUUCGGACCGAUUAAGAGCGGGCGGGCGAGUCGAGGAAUGGCGCUAGCUGAUUCAUCGGAGCUGCUUCAGUCUCAGCUGGCUGCCGCCGCUGUGACUACUUCAGCUACUACUUGGCUCGCGCAGCGUUCGAGCUCGGCGACUGAGCUCACGGAAGUCGGCUGCAAGGGGUUCGGCGCUGCUAAGGUAAACGGUUUCUUCGUUUAUUCUCGUGUUAGGAAGAUUAGAGCCGAGGAGUGUGAUGGGAUGACGGAUGAGGGAGCUCGGAGUAGCAAGAGGAUUAAGUGCUCGGCUGGAGAGAAACGGGAGGUGGAGAUUGUGGAAGUUGAGAGUGAGAAUGGAGAGCGAGGUAGGUGCGAUAAUGGAGGAACGUUGGCGGGGAAAGAUGAACCGAGCGAGUCGACGGUUGAGGGAGCUGCGGCGAACGGCAGCGUGCGGAUCUAUGUUAGUAAAGGAAAAAAGAUGAAGACGAACAACAAGAUAAGGAGGUUUAAGCGUUCGUUUAUCAAGAAACGUAAGGUAGAAGAGACGGUAGAAGUCGAGGUGCGUGGAUUGGAAUCCGUAGGCAGCGGAUCGGUCUCGACGAUAAAUGUUGAGGCGAUUGGUGCCGGAAUGGAAGGGAGUGCAGUAGCGCCGCCUAAGAAGAAUUUGGAACUGAAAAUGUCGAAGAAGAUUGCCCCGCAGAGUCUGCCGAUGACGGUGAAGGAGCUCUUUGAGACUGGGUUUCUCGAGGGAGUGCCAGUUGUUUACAUGGGUGGCAAGAAGUUUGAGGCAUUUGAACUAAGGGGGACAAUUAAGGAUCUGGGGAUUCUAUGCUUCUGCUCUAUUUGCAAUGGGGUCACAGUUAUUCCACCUUCCCAAUUUGAGAUACAUGCCAUCAACCAAUACAGGAGGGCAUCUCAAUAUAUUUGUUUUGAGAACGGGAAGAGCCUGCUUGAUGUGUUGAAUGCAUGCAGAUAUUCUCCUCUUGAUUCAUUAGAAGCAACCAUUCAAGAAGCCAUUAGUGGUAGCCCUGUAGAGAGAACUUUCACUUGUAAAAGAUGUAAAGGUACUUUCCCCUCUGCUUGUGUUGGUAAAGUAGGGCCACUCUGUAGUUCAUGCACAGACACAAAGGCAUCUCAUGCCAUCCCAAAUUGCAAAAAGAGUAAGAGAUCUAGCUCGGCUGAACCUGUUCUGAACUCAGAGUCUUCUAGAAGUAUGCUAAUUACUACACCCUCACAAGAAAUCACUCCACGCAAGAGGAAAAGAAAAGUAUCAGGCUCAAAAUCAAAAGCAGUGAGAUCCAUGACUACCCCUGCUCGCAUGGCUUCAACAAAGAAGAGCCAAUUGAAGAUAACUCCAAAGAAGUUGAUGCGGGAAUUGGCUGGAAAGCACUCCAGAAAUACUUCGUUGUCAACUAAUAAGGAGCAACAGAAGAUCUCAAUGAGAGAUCAGCGGUUGCACAGACUGGUCUUUGAGGAGGAUGGAUUGCCUGAUGGAACCGAAGUGGGAUACUACGCACGUGGCCGGAAAUUGCUAGCUGGCUAUAAGAGGGGCUUUGGAAUACUCUGUCAAUGUUGUAAUACUGAGGUCAGCCCAUCAUUAUUUGAAAGCCAUGCCGGCUGGGCUGCUCGGAAGAAACCAUAUGCAUACAUUUACACAUCAAAUGGCGUGUCUCUCCAUGAACUGGCGAUAUCUCUCUCCAUGCGUCGCAAGUACUCUGCCAAGGACAAUGAUGACCUCUGCAUUAUAUGUGCAGAUGGUGGGAAUCUGGUGCUUUGUGAUGGAUGCCCUCGGGCCUUUCAUAAAAACUGUGCAUCUUUGUCGAAUAUUCCCCGUGGUGACUGGUAUUGCCAUUACUGCCAGAACAUGUUUGAGAAGGAAAAGUUUGCUGAGCAUAAAGCCAAUGCCGUUGCUGCUGGAAGGAUACCUGGAGCUGAUCCAAUAGAAGAAAUAGCGCAGAGAUGCAUUCGUAUUGUGAAAAACAUAGAAGCUGAUCUUAGUGGAUGUGUGUUAUGCAGAGGUUAUGAUUUCAGCAGAUCAGGGUUUGGUCCACGCACGAUCAUAAUUUGUGAUCAGUGUGAGAAGGAAUUUCAUGUUGGCUGUUUGAGGAGUCACAAAGUGGCUAAUCUAAAGGAAUUGCCGAAAGGAGAAUGGUUUUGUUGCUCGGGGUGCAGCAGCAUUCAUUCUUCUCUACAGAAGUUGUUAAGUCAUGGUGCUGAGAAACUCCAAGACUCUGUUUUGAACGUAAUGAAGAAUAAGUACGUGGAGAAAGGAUUGGGAGCCGCUGAGAAUAUUGAUGUGAGAUGGCGAGUGGUCAGUGGAAAAUUUGCUUCUCCUGAAAAUAAGUUGCUGUUGUCUCAAGCCCUGGCAAUCUUUCAGGAAUGUUUCGACCCAAUUGUAGAUUUAACAACUGGCCGUGAUCUGAUUCCUUUAAUGGUCUAUGGGAAGAACUCCAAAGGCCAAGAUUACGGUGGAAUGUAUUGUGCACUACUAACAGUCAACUCUUUCGUUGUGUCGGCUGGAAUACUGAGAGUUUUUGGGCAAGAAGUUGCUGAGCUUCCGUUGGUUGCGACUAACAAAACUAACCAUGGCAAGGGAUACUUCCAGUUGCUAUUUUCCUGCAUCGAGAAGCUAUUGUCGCUCUUGAAUGUUCAGAGCCUUGUCCUCCCAGCCGCGGAGGAAGCAAAGUCCAUAUGGACCCAGAAGUUCGGUUUCGAGAGGAUAGAACCAGACCAGCUAAUCAGGUACCGAAAGAACUUCUGCCAGAUGGUGUGCUUCGAAGGGACGUCGAUGCUGCACAAACCAGUCACGUCCACCGAUAGUCGAAUUCUUAACCAAAGUAGUAGUAAAGAGGAGGUCUCGUAAUGAUGCGCAGUGAGUUCCUUAUCAUUAAUUUUAUCUUGUAAAGAGGGAAAUGAGCUUAUUAGUGAGUUUUUUCAUGGUAAUUCUAAGGAUGUAUGUUGACUUGGCUUGUUCAAGUGUAUAGACUAGGGAUCAUAUAGGGGAGGGAAAAGUACAUAGUUGACCAGACCAAUGACUACUAAGAGACUCCUUCCCUACCUGUAUCGGAACGUA